AUAAUACAGGUAAUACGGCAGGAGGCCACCAGGUAGCCGAGGAGGCUGUUUUGGCCAGCGGAGUCUCACGUUUUCGGGCGACUGGGUGGUAAACAAAACGAAAACGCCGGCCCUCGUACAGUUGCGGCCACACGAAUAUAGCCACCAUGCUGGCCACAUCGGCGUAUUUGAAGGUGACAAGCCUCUCCCUGCGCUCCACCUCCAAUCUCUCCAUGCGCCGCGUGGAUGAGCUAAAUGCGGGGAUCGGUGAACUCCGGCAGCUCCUCUCCUGCGUGGUUUGCUGCCAACUCCUGGUGGAUCCAUAUACUCCAAAGGGCAAGAGAUGCCAGCACAAUGUGUGUCGUUUGUGCCUGCGCGGCAAGAAACGUUUGUUUCCGCAGUGCUCGCAAUGCGAGGAUUGCUCAGACUUCAGGACCUACGAGGAGAACCGCAUGAUGGGCACCCAGUUGCUCUGCUACAAGACGCUGUGCGUCCACCUGAUGCAUUCCUCGCUCUACGGGCAGCUGGCGGGUUUGAAGCCUCAACUUCCCAGGGAACUGGCGCCGCGCAUCAAGCUGCCUCCUCUGACCACUCAGGAGUUCAUACGCGAGGGCUCAAAUAUCUCGGAUACGGGAGAUUUGUUUCUCCCCCAGCCUGAUCUACCCUUUCUCAAGGAUCUACCCUCCUCGCUGCCCGCUGAGACUCCACCCACAACGGCUGCAACUACGCCUGAAAUCCCCUACGAUCAUCACCGCCUGAAUAUCAGCGAAAUUGAGGCUGAGGCGGCGGCCACCGCGGAACAGGGUCACUACUCGCCACUGCCCCUGCUGCCCACGGGCUCUAGGAUGGGCCUGCUGCAUCACCAGAUGGCCGGCGGGCAGAUAGUCAUCGCCACCGAGUCCUCUGAAUCGGGAUUCAUGGAGCACGCUUGGCCGGAUCAGGUGGAUUUGUCCAAUGCCGUUUCUGUGUCUAGUUUCCCCGGGAACAGCACAACCUUUGCUGUUUCCUAUGCCUCGACGCCUUUUGAUCCUCAGGAACUGCAGAUCGGCCAGGUGGUGCAGAUGGGCAACUCCGCACAGUUGGCUGUGCUGGCUGAAGUUGAGGAGACCGUGGAGACUGUGGAAACUGUUGAGACCACCACCACCACUCAGUUGGCUGUGCUGGCGAGGGAAAUUGAGGAGGAGGAGGAGCUGGCUGAGCCGGAGGAGCCUCUGGCCACCGUUGAGGAGGUUGUGGAGGGAGAACAAGUCGCUGCAGAGCCUCCUUUGCCAGCGGAGGAGGAAAUUCCCCAAGAAGAACAGCUUACCCACAAAAGAAAGCUGUCCCAGGUGCAAACGGAGUGGCAGGAGGAGCAGGUAACUCCCGAGGAAGCGCAAGACAAGGACUGGCAGCCCAACAACGAGGAGCUGGAGGAGGAGGAGGAAGCCCCGGCCAAGCGCAAGAAAACUCGCACUCCAAAAGCCACCCAGGCAGCUAAAAUCGAACCCGCACCGGCAGAAAUUAAAGCCAAAUUGCAGGCGGGGAAGGGAGCCUUCCGCAAGGUGCGCGGCGGCAAGCAAGCGGAGGGCAAUGAGAAGCCGGCGAAGGCCAAGUGCCGCUGCGGCGUCUCUGGCUCGGCCAAUCCGCUGACCACCUGCCGAAAUGGCAGAUGUCCCUGCUACAAGAACUACAACAGUUGCGCUGGCUGCAAUUGCGUGGGAUGCAAGAAUCCCCAUCUGGAGGACUUUGUGGAGAGCGAUCUUGAGGAUGAUGAGGAGGAUUUUGCAGUUGCAGAGGAGGCACAACCAGAGCAGCCAGUAGUAGAACCUUCAGAGGAGCCAGUAGCACCUGCAGAACCUCCGCCAACGGGCAACAUCACCUUGGAACCACAUCCCAACUGGCUAAUGGCCGAGCAUCCCGUGGUGGUGAUGCAAAACGAGCAUGGACAAAUGCAGGGCUUCAAUCUCUUCCAGGGCAACAAGCCCGUUGAUCCCGUCGCAGUUGGUUGCCUUGGCGUCGAAGUGCAGCUAAAUGAUGAGCGGGGUUCCUAUACGAAAUUCGCCUACAUCUUGCCACCUCCGCCGCCUCCCGUGCCGGAUGCACCGCCGCCAUCGCUAUCGCCACCACCGCCGCCAGCUCCCGAAAUUCCGAUCGUCAUCGAGCCGCCGGCCAAGAAGUUCAGAACCUCGAAAGUUCGAACGCGGCGGGGAAGGGCCAACUUCUCGGCUUUGGACACCGUGGACGAGCUUGUCAGUGGCGGAUCGAGGAGCAAUUCUGCCGCUGGCGACAGAUCGUCGGUCACUGACAACGCCCACUCGCUGUUCGAGGAGAUAAUGUCCGGUUCGGAUGAUUUGUAAGCGCGGAAAACUG